CGUAGAUCCUUCGAGCUUGUUUACAAAAUGGGUUGGAAGAUUUCGUUUGUGCUUUCUCUCUGCUUUGUCUACACAGUCUCUGCUCUUGCUCCUGCCCCUUUGGAAGGUAAAUGCUCAAAAAUCUUGUCUAUUUUACUUGGGAGUUCUUAACGUUCUAAUCUUUUCUUAUAAAGCUAGAUCUUUAUUAGUGCUUCUCUUUUCUCUGGCAUUUCUCGAAAUGAAUAAUGAUUUGCUCUGUUUCUCUGUUGUAUCCUUCUGGGGAUGUUUGUUGCAUCAUUUGCACAUUUCUUUAUAGUUUCUAUUAAUGUUUGGGCUUUCUCAACCAAGAGUGAUGAGGGUUCGAGUCCUGGGAGUCUGGGACAUGAUUUUGGAGAAAAAUGUACUUCCUGUGGAGUAUGGGUGUGUGUCUGAGAGAGAGUUUUUGAUAGUUCGGAUACAGAUCCUUCUGUUUGCACCAAUGGGAGGUUGAAAAAAGUCUUUCGUUUUGCUACUUCUAUGAUUUCUCAGGUCUACUUCCAAAUUGAAACUUUGAAGAGAAACCAAAGCCUACUGACAUAAAGAAAACAGUGCUGCAAGGGAAAUAUGCACUGCCCAAGUGGGAAAUCAAUGGCUUAGUCUAGUCUAUCUCUAAGGACCACAGCUCGGUGGAAUGUACUUUGCAGUAGCCCAUGGCCUUCACGCUGUGAGACUUGGAAACAAGGCCUCAAUUUCCCAAACAAUCCCUGUCAAAAAUGGCUCGACAUAUGCACUCACAUUUGGUGCAUCAAGAACUUGUGCCCAAGACGAGGUCUUGAGAGUGUCGGUACCCCCUCAAUCCGGGGAUCUCCCUUUGCAGACUCUGUAUAGUAGUAAUGGUGGUGACACUUAUGCUUGGGGACUCAAAGCCACUUCUAAUUCAGUGAAGGAGAUUUUUCAUAAUCCUGGAAUGCAAGAGGAUCCUGCUUGUGGACCUCUCCUGGAUGCUGUUGCUGUUAAAGAACUUUUCCCUCCAAGGUUCACCAAAGCUAACUUAGUCAAGAAUAAUGGUUUUGAGGAGGGGCCUCAUCUCUUGAUCAACUCUUCUCAUGAUGUCCUACUCCCUCCCAAACAGAAAGAUUUGAUAUCCCCACUUCCCGGUUGGAUCAUCGAAUCUGUUAAAGCUGUCAAGUUCAUAGACUCAAAGCAUUUCAACAUCCCCUUUGGACGAGUAGCAGUAGAACUAGUUGCAGGAAGAGAGAGUGCCAUAGCCCAAGUAAUCAGAAAAGUCCCCAACAAGGUCUAUAAUGUUGCAUUCACUGUAGGAGAUGCAAAGAAUAAUUGCCAUGGAUCGAUGAUGGUCGAAGCAUUUGCUGCUAAAGGAACAAUGAAAGCUCCCUUCAAAUCUGAAGGAAAGGGGAAGUUCAAGACUUUCAAGUUCCAGUUCAAAGCAAUCUCGCACAGAACCAGAUUAACCUUCUUUAGCUCCUUUUACCACACAAGGACCAAUGACUACGGGACUCUUUGUGGUCCUGUCCUUGAUGAAGUUUGGGUUUUCACUGCUAUUUAGAUUUCAAUCUAUCUGCAUCAAGCUCAAAGAAGGCAUGUGUUGAAGAGUAUCACAGAAUUAUAGCAACGGUCAUUUGUCAUCUUUUGUAAUGUAGGUUAAACAUUAAUGAGGCGCCCUACAAUUCUGAUA